AUGACUCAGGUAUAUAAUAUUUCUAGCUCUCAAUAUGCAAAAGAGGCGUCGAACUAUAUUAAAAUUUUAAAUGAAUUGCGUCGUAUUGGUGCCCAAUUCGCCUUGCCUAGAUCUGAUGGAACUUGUACUCGCUGUGUGAUGGAACUGAGACUAUCCGAAGUUCCCAAAACAUGGUCAUGUCAAGUUUCUCUUCGCAAAGAAUAUGAUGAACAUGAAAAACGCCUUUCUAAUCCUAUUGAAACUAAAUUUGGUAGCCCGAUUGAUGAUCCAGAUAAAGUUGAGUUAAUGGCACGUCGUGCUCAAAAGGCAUUAUUAAAUCCUAUGAAAGAAAGCGAUGAAUAUAUUGAUUGGGAUUUUAAAGACCAAACUUAUGAAGAUGAUUCUCAAUUAAACGGUCUUAAGUUUACGAAAAAUGUUGUGUGCAUGGAAAUUAAAGGUCCUAAUGUCCCAAACUUAAGUUUAAUUGAUUUGCCGGGAAUUAUCCACAACCAAGCAAUCGUAACUCUUGCAAAAGAAGCCGAUCCUUUAGGAAUUCGAACUCUAGGCGUUCUUACAAAACCUGAUAUGAUUGAAGAGGGAACACAUGAUACCUGGUUAAAGAUUAUGAGAGGUGAAGCUAAUCCACUUGAACUCGGGUAUUAUGUCGUAAAGAAUCCAACUAAAGUGCAGCGCAUGGAUAAUAUUGGGUUCGAAGAAGCUAGAUUAGCUGAAAGCGAGUUUUUUGAAAAAGAAGAUCCGUGGAAUGAUUUUCAUUUACAAGAAAGAAUCGGGGUUAAAAAUUUGCAAAAUAAAUUAUCCGAAUUAUUAAUUAAAGCUAUUAAAAGAAGUCUUCCAGAUAUCCGAAAAGACGUUGAAGAAAAGUUAGAUGAGGAUUUAGAAAAACUUCCAAUGCAACUCUCUGAUAAUCCAAAAAUUGACUUAUUUCGCCUGAUAAAAAAUUGCUCCACGAUUAUCAAAGACAAAACUACUUGCUCAAAUAAUCAAAUUGAAUUAUGGAAAUCACUUAAUAAUCAAUUUGUGCAAUUCAAAGUAGAAUUUUAUGCUUUCCGUCCAAUUUUCUCAAUUGAUUACAGUAAUAAUUAUAUCAAUAAUAUCGGAGAAAGGCCCUCAGGUAUAAUUGAUAUACUCAAAGAUUUCAUCGAAGACUGCCCCACAGACAAAAGUAAUAUAAGUAUGGACCAAGUGCAGCAAUUAACGGAAGCCCAAGUCACUGAAAUAAUUAGAAAUGCUCGUGGAAGAUUACUCCCCGGUUUUAUUCCUCAUUCAGCCGUACAGACUGUUAUCCAAGCACAUCAAAACCAAUGGAAAAAACCUGCUAUAAAUUGUUUAAAUGCUGUUUAUGAGAUUAUGAUAAAAGUUGUGAAUGAGACAAUAGAAAACAUCUUUUCAAGAUUUCCUGGUUUAGUUGGACGCAUGGAGUAA